GUUUUUAUUCGAAUCUUGCGAUCCAACCUCAAGAUUUAGGAUUUGUAUUACUCCAUUAUUCAGUCAGUCAAAAAAAUCGAUAAUAUUUAAAAAUCCACGACUGCAAGCCACGUGGCAGUUAGAAAAAUAAGCGACGCUCAGACAUACAGCAAUCGCUCGUGUCAAAUGUGUAUGAUAGAGAGCAAGACUCUGAGAGAGAGAGAGAGAGGAGCUGGGGUCCUCUGUCUCUAGACAUACGUGAAAGCGCAAUCAAAAUUCAGCGAGAGAGUUGGUUCAAGAAAAACUCGAAGUCUGCGCGUCACUGGAUAAAAUCGAAAUCAAAAUCAAAUGAUCUCGUUGUCAGCAGAUGGAAUGAAGAAGUUGGUUUUUGCUAGCUAACUAAAGUUGAAAUUUUGAGGGUAGCCCACUUCAAGUUGCAUCACAGUUGAGUUUCAUUAUAGUGGUGUUCGGAGACGAUGAGGCUUUGGUCUGUUGCUGAAUUUGCUCUUGCAAUGAUUAAUCUAUAGGCUGCUGCUACAGGGUUCUGUGGCUGUUAUUUAGUUGACCCCACAGCAGAAGUCCUUCGCCAGCCUACAACAAUUAAAUCUUGUUACUCCUUUUUAUAUUUUUCUAUACCCCUUUUGUCCUAAUCUUGCCUCCACUUCCUGUUUUCUUGAUCAAGGGUUGGAUUUCCCUUUCCAAGAUUGAAUCUUGAAGCUGACAAAGUUGGUUUCUUUUGGGAUUCUUGAAAUCAAGAAAUUUGAUUUUUUUGGGGAGGAGGGUGGUUGAAUCAUUUAGAAGCUGUUUCUUGAAAUCAUAGAUUGAAUAAAGAUGGCAUCUGGAGUGGAUUUUGAUGAAGGCGGCCAAACGAAAGGGGAGAUGUGGGAUUUGGAGCAGAAACUUGAUCAGCCCAUGGAUGAAGAGGCUGUAAGGCUUAAAAAUAUGUAUAGAGAAAAGAAAUUCUCGUCACUUUUGCUCUUGAGGCUUGCAUUUCAGAGCCUGGGAGUGGUAUAUGGCGACUUAGGAACAUCUCCGCUGUAUGUAUUCUACAAUACUUUUCCUCGUGGAGUAGAUGAUACAGAGGACAUUAUUGGCGCCCUUUCGUUGAUUAUUUACUCUCUCACGCUGAUACCUCUCCUCAAGUAUGUUUUCAUUGUGUGUAGAGCAAACGACAAUGGUCAAGGGGGAACUUUUGCUCUUUAUUCUUUACUUUGUCGGCAUGCUAAAGUGCGAACAAUUCCCAAUCAACACAGGACUGAUGAGGAGCUGACAACUUAUAGCCGAAACACAGUCCACGAGCGUUCUUUUGCUGCUAAGACCAAGACAUGGCUGGAGGCAAACGCGUUUAGAAAAACUUCCCUUCUUAUACUAGUACUUGUCGGGACAUGCAUGGUGAUUGGUGAUGGGAUUCUCACUCCCGCUAUAUCCGUUCUUUCUGCUUCGGGGGGGAUCAAGGUGGACCACCCGAAGAUGAGCAAUGAUGUUGUGGUGCUUGUAGCCGUGAUCAUUUUGGUCGGAUUGUUCAGCAUGCAGCAUUAUGGCACAGAUAGAGUUGGUUGGCUUUUUGCUCCAAUUGUAUUGCUUUGGUUUCUGAUUAUUGGCGGCAUUGGAAUCUACAACAUAUAUAACUAUGAUAGCUCAGUUCUCAAAGCCUUUUCACCCCUGUACAUAUAUCGAUAUCUUAAAAACGGAAAGAAGAAAGGUUGGACGUCCCUUGGCGGGAUCAUGCUCAGUAUCACAGGAACUGAAGCACUUUUUGCUGAUCUUGCUCAUUUUCCAGUUUCUGCUGUACAGCUUGCCUUUACCGUUGUAGUUUUUCCUUGUCUUCUUCUAGCCUACUCUGGGCAAGCAGCAUACCUUAUGCAAAAUCAUGAUCACGUGGCUGAUGCAUUUUAUCGAUCAAUUCCGGAAAGAAUAUACUGGCCGGUUUUCAUUAUUGCGACUUUAGCAGCAAUUGUUGCUAGUCAGGCCACCAUAUCUGCUACAUUUUCGAUAAUCAAGCAGGCCCAUGCCCUUGGCUGUUUUCCAAGAGUCAAAGUUGUACAUACAUCAAAGACGUUUCUCGGCCAGAUUUAUAUUCCCGACAUGAAUUGGAUUCUCAUGGUCCUUUGCAUUGCUGUUACUGCUGGAUUCAGAAACCAGAGCCAAAUUGGCAAUGCUUACGGUACUGCCGUCGUAGUGGUCAUGCUCGUCACCACGCUUCUCAUGACUCUGAUAAUGUUACUAGUCUGGCACUGCCACUGGAUCCUCGUCCUGUUGUUUACAGUGUUGUCGCUAGUGGUGGAAUGCACGUAUUUUUCAGCCGUGCUUUUCAAGGUCGAUCAAGGUGGUUGGGUCCCGCUCGUGAUAGCUGCUGCCUUCCUUGUCAUCAUGUACGUCUGGCAUUAUGGAACACUGAAACGCUACGAGUUCGAGAUGCAUAGCAAGGUUUCACUAGCUUGGAUUCUAGGUCUGGGUCCGAGCUUAGGGCUUGUCCGUGUACCCGGGAUCGGGCUCGUGUACACGGAGCUAGCCAGUGGAGUGCCUCAUAUUUUCUCCCAUUUUAUCACCAACCUACCCGCUAUCCACUCCGUGGUAGUCUUCGUCUGCGUGAAGUACCUUCCGGUGUACACCGUACCGGAGGAGGAACGGUUCCUGGUGAAACGGAUCGGGCCGAAGAGCUUCCACAUGUUCCGGUGCGUUGCAAGAUACGGGUACAAGGACCUUCACAAGAAAGACGACGACUUUGAGAACAAGCUGUUCACGAAUCUUUUCACGUUCGUGAGGCUGGAGACGAUGAUGGAAGGGUGUUCGGACUCGGACGAGUACAGUCUGUACGGGCAGCAGACGGUGCAGUCUAGGGAUAACGGCGAGACUUCUACUCUGAAUCUUGAUUUUACCAUCUCUUCGGUUGAUUCCAUUGUCCCUGCUAGAUCACCUAUGCAUGUGAACACGACGCAUACGUCGUCAGGUCGGGAAAGCGGGCAGACGGAGGGGGAUGAACUGGAAUUUAUGAGGAAUUGUAGGGAUGCUGGGGUGGUUCACAUUCUGGGAAAUACUGUAGUUAUAGCAAGGAGGGAGUCAAGGUUUUACAAGAAAAUUGCCAUUGAUUAUAUAUAUGCUUUUCUUAGAAAGAUUUGCAGGGAGAAUAGCGUCAUUUUUAAUGUGCCUCAUGAAAGCCUUUUGAACGUUGGCCAGGUUUUCUAUGUCUGAUAUUUUUGUUUAAUAAGAGGGAAUUUUUGUUUUA